CCAAAGAAAAGCCCUGCCUUCCAGUGCUCCACCCCAGUAUGUUCAGCUAACCUGGCACACGUCCCAGGCACAACCCCCAACUUGAUGACUCAGAGCUUUCCCCAAUAUCACCUUUCCUUAGGGCAAAGUAUGAGAGUAGGGAAGAUGUGUGGGUCGGUGGUCAUAUCCACUUCAAAGCCUCGCCUCUCCCUCUUCUUGAUUAUCUCUGAGGAUGGGCUGCUCACUCCCUCCGUCACUCACAUACUCAUACUGGCUCACAUCCACACAUCCCCUCUCUAUCCCAAACACACACUAACUGCCUGCAUACACACUCUUUCCCUGUCCCUGUAGCUGCAAUCUGGGAGAGUAACUGUGGAGCAAUUCCAUGUGUGGACUUGGGGGCAGGGCGCUCAGUGAAUGGGGCCUUGCAAGGUGAAGAGCAGCCGGCCAGGACUGGCUUGUUUCUACUUGUCUGGGUCUGGGCUGGUGAUAAAGCUGCUGGGGGUGGGAUGGAGGAGAACAGGCCCCUCUCCACCAGGAGCCAAACAUCUGGGUGUAAGAAUCUGGUGGUGGCUGGAGGUGAUGGGGGAGGGGAGAAGGGACCCCACCCAAUUUUCUCCAGAGGCCAGUGCAAGGGGGUACAGAGUGGCCCAGGGCCCCAGCUGCCCACCCUAGAAAGAUGGGAGAGUGGAGGGAGGGCUCUGGUCAGUCUUCCUGAGGAUGGGGUAGGAGCAGGGGCCGGAGGUGCUCACCAUGAUUUAGAUGCCUGGGGCCCCCGCCCUCUGAGACAGAUCCCCAGUGAGGAGCGUCCACCUAGGUCAUGAGCCAGUCCUGUUUCACCUGGAUGGAAGCAGCCCCAGGUCAGUGCAGCAAAGGACCUUGCCCAGCACCUCUGGGGAUCCUUGUCUGGGUCAAACUGAACAUUUGCAGCACCUCACCUGACACCUGGUCAGACAUCACCCAGUCUGAUCUUGCACUCUGUAGGAGAGGAAACAGGCACAGAGUGGGAUCAGCCUUGCUUGGGCCGCACGGCCAGUCCAUGCAGGGUGGGCAUCAGAGCCAGGCCUGCAAGUUCCAGGGUUUGUGCACUUUAUCCUCCUGGCUAGUUCCUGCUGGACCCUCCCAGCCUCCCUCUUCCCCUCCCUCCAGACCUCCUCAGUCAGCUGCCACCUGCUGACUGGUGCCUCUUCCCUGCCCCUCCUGCCUCCACCCCACAGGCCCCCUGUGCAGCAUCCUGGUGGGACGCUUUGGCUGCCGAGUGACAGUGAUGUUGGGGGGCGUUCUGGCUUGCCUGGGCAUGGUGGCCAGCUCCUUCUGCCGCACCCUCAGCCAGCUCUAUCUCGCAGCAGGAUUCAUCACAGGCCUGGGCAUGUGCUUCAGCUUCCAGUCGACCAUCAUUGUGCUGGGCUUCUACUUCAACCGCCGGCAGGCCCUGGCCAACGCGCUGGCCUCCGUGGGCGUCUCCCUGGGCAUCACACUCUGGCCGCUGCUCGCCCGCUACCUCCUGGAAGACCUGGGCUGGAGGGGUACCUUCCUUGUCUUCGGCGGGGUUUUUCUCCACUGCUGUGUCUGCGGGGCCAUCCUGAGGCCCGUGGCCACCAGCGUGGCUCCUGAAACCAGAGAAGGGCCCCCUCCACCUUCCAAGACACCUGUGCCCAGCUGCCUGGCAGCAUGUGGCCGGGCCAUCCAGCGCCACCUGGCCUUUGAUAUCCUCUGGCACAACGCAGGCUACCGCGUGUUCACACUGGGCGUCGCGUGGAUGAUCCUGGGUUUCCCGCUGCCACACGUCUUCCUGGUGCCAUACGCCAUGCGGCACGGAGUGGACGAGCACAGGGCGGCCCUGCUCAUCUCCAUUAUCGGCUUCAGCAACAUCUUCCUGCGGCCCAUGGCCGGGCUGGUGGCAAGCCGGCGGGACUUUGCCGGCCACCGCAAGUACCUGUUCAGCCUGGCAGUCCUGCUCAACGGGCUCACCAACCUGGUGUGCGCGGCGUCGGCCGACUUCCGGGUGCUGGUGGGCUACUGCCUGGUGUACAGCGUGUCCAUGAGUGGAGUUGGUGCCCUCUUCUUCCAGGUCCUUAUGGACGUGGUCCCCAUGGAUCGGUUCUCCAGGGCCCUGGGCCUCUGCACCAUCCUGGAGAGCAUCUCCAUCCUCAUCUCCCCUCCACUGGCUGGGUUCCUCCUGGACACGACUGACAACUUCAGUUACGUUUUCUACAUGUCCAGCUUCUUCCUGAUCUCAGCCGCUCUCUUCAUGGGUGGCAGCUUCUGUGCCCUGCGAAAGAAGGAAAGGCGGCAGGGCAGGCAGGCUGAGGCGGAAGCCGCCACCCUGGAGGCUGCCCCAGAGCGGGCCCUCACCGUGAAGGGCACAGACAGGUCCGAGAAGCGACUGUGCACUGAAAUCGUAUAUGUGACCAGUGUCUGAGCCCUGGGAUCACAUGUGUGACCAGCAUCUGAGCCCCGAGGUCAACAGGUGACCACUGCCUCAGCCUAGGAAUGGGAUAUCCAGCUGCUUCACCAGGGGCUAGGGUGACGUGCUGCCCAGAAUGCCUGAACCAAAGACCAUCCAGACUGUGCACAUCGGGACUCAGCCAGGAGCUGGGACCUUGGAGGCUGGCCUCCGAAGACUCAGGGUCCCUUCCAGUGAGCAGAAUCCAGGAGCAGGUCCUCUUGACAUUUCCUUGGGCACCAGAGUACUUGGGGCCCACGAAGGUGGGUCUGAGCCCUGCUGGGGUCCAUCAUGGCCGGCUCUGCUCAGCUGCCCGCCCGCUGCUGCUGCUACAGCUAACAUACUGGACCCUCGAGUCCAGUCUGUAUGUGAUCGCUUUGUCCUUCUCCGACCUCCAGACGGUUCCAGAGAGCUUGCCUGUCAUCCGAAGCCCUCCUGCCGCCUUUCUUCCCAGUGACCCAGCCCUUGCCCUUAGGGCCGCCUCCAGCACAGGCUGCUGGGCCUCAUGUUGACUGGCACCCUGGGAAGAAGGGCCUGGUGAGAGAAUGAGUUGUGGCCUGUAGCGAUGGAGGGCCAGGCUGAGGAGUUGGCCUAGACGCAGGGUUUGGACAGAUUAAAUGUUGGAUGGAGUACUCAUCCUGUCGUCUGCAGAGAACUGGAGGGGAGCCCCUGACUUGGGUCCUAGAAUUAGUGAAGGUGAGGGGCCCCCUGCACACCAUCAGAGCCUGCUCCAGGGUCUCCCCCCCCCCUCCUUUGUCCUACCUGAUAUCUUGGGCCGGGAAGGUUAAUGCUGGACUUGGGGAAAGCCAGACAUCUGACUGACCAGGUAGAAGGACUGCUAGGCACAGCCCAAGGACCUCUGUGAAAAUGGAGAGCUGCUUUUGCAACAGAAGCCCUACGAUUCUCCUCGCCUUCCGUCCUCUUCUCCCUGUGGUAUUAGAGGUAUCAAGCCUGGGGUGGGGUAAAUAGCUGGCUGGGCCAGCUGCCAGUCCACCCCUGCUCCCUGUUGGCCUGUGCCUGUGGCCUGGAGGCCAGAGCUCCCCACACACACUCUUUGCUGGUGCCCUUCCCCGAGGUCAUCACCCGGGGGCUAGCUGUCAGCAGCCUAGGUUUGUUCUACCAACUCAGGGAAUGGAAAAACAGUUUGAAUUAUACACAAAAAUGUUUCCUGCAGCAGGUAAUAAACCCUGUGAACUACUGAAGCAGGAAAACAGGCCUGGAGUAAGCCCCCCUCCUCCACUUCAGUUCUCCCAGUUUGGCAGAGGUUGCUCACGCCCAGGACCUUGUUGAUUCAGGCUUAACCAGGCUCCAACAAGAACACCUUAUCAGGAGGACCGAUUUUAUUUUCAUGACCCAACUGUAGCCUUCCUCCUCAACAGGUCCAGCUGGCAUGAGUAAGCAUCCUUGGGGACGUCCUGUCUUCUCCAGGACCCUGCCACGAGUGCCCCCUUAUGGCCACAGAAGGUAGUGCAGAGGCAAAACAAAGGACUCUGGGCUGGGAUAGAGACCUGUGUUCACAUUUGAUUCCGCCACAAUUUGCUAUGUGACUUGGGGCAAAUUGUUCACCAUCUCUGGGCUUUGAAAAAGGAGGAGGUUGGCCUGGAUAAACUAAUCUCUUCUAGUGUGAAAAGUCUAAUCCUGAAGAUCUCCGCCCCCCACUGCCUUCCUGCUCCCCACCCAGUCCUAUGCUUGGCCACCAUCCACAGCUUGUGCACUGAAGGGAGAAAGCUUGGACAUAGUUUACCAAGUCCUGCCUCCUCCAUCUUAAUGGAGUGGACAAGGAGGGAGUUGGGCUGGUGAGUAGGUGAAUGCUUUUGGUGCUGGUAGCUACCAGGCUUUGAAAUGUGCAUCCCCUAAGAGGCCCACUUCCUUAAAACAUUUCUUUCAAGGAAAAAAGGUAUCAGUGAACAUUCAGCAUAGGGAAUUUUGACUUCAUCUGCCCCUGGGCAAGAUUAGCAGUAUUCUCUAGGCCAGUGGUCAACCUGUGGGUUGUGACCCCUGUGGGGGUCGAACAACCCUUUCACAGGGGUCACCUAAGACCAUUGGAAAAC